CGUCAAAGUCAAACUUGUCAUAAUAUUUGCGUGAGCAAACAAGACAGUUUGAAAAACAUGUACUGGAAAUCAUAAUAACGAACUAUUAAUCAAACUAAAAGGGAAUAAAUAUGGAAAGCUACAGUAGAAACCUUCAUAAAAUAUAAAUCAUAAUAGGAAAUAAAUAAGGUACAUGGUAAAGUAACUCGUAAACAUGGAUGGCAGAUACCAGGAUGAAGAUGACAUGAUGGAUCUAUCGGACACAGAAUCAUCGUCUUCAUCAAACCCUGGCAUAUUUGAGGUUCACCAACCUUUUGUCCUCGAACUAAAUAACAACAAGAAAGAUGAUCCAAUGCCACCUGAUACACCUUUGCAGGUGGUCCCUUCAAAGACGAAAAAACAUAGAAAAAAGAAGAAAAGCCAGCCAGCUAGGACCGAGAGUCAUUCCAGUCUAACAUCCAAUAGUUUAUCAGAAACUAGUUCUGGGACUGCCCUGGCUGCUGAGGCUAAGGAAAAGUUUUAUGAUGCCCAUGAAAGUUACCAUGGUAUAGAAAACCAACCACCACCGCCGGUCGUCACGCCAGUGCGACGGCAAGACGGCAUUAGGAGAUCCGAAACCCCGAAGACGGUAGCACCCACCUCGGAAAAUCAACCACCACCGCCGGUAGUCCCGCCAAUACGACGGCAAGACGGCACUAAAGCACCCGAGACCCCAAAGACGGUAGCACCAACCUUGGAAAACCCACCACCGUCAACCGGCGCAGCAGUACCACGGCGAGAGCUCACCGAAACCAAGAUCCCGAGAUCGGCAACACCUUCCUUGGACAAACAACCACCGCCAUGGAUCGUGGCAUCAGUGCGACGGGAAGGGGAAGCGCUCACUGAAACCGCUGAAGAACCGAAGACGACAGCACCGACCUUGGACAAGCAACCACCGCGGCGGAUCGACACAACCGUGCGAAUGAAAGAGCGAUCUGACACCGAGACCCCAAAAACAGCAGCACCAACUUUGGAAAAUCAACCACCGACCGUCGCGACAGCGCAAAAGCAGGAGCACACUGAAACUACCGAGAUCCCGAAGACUGCAGCACCACCCUUGGAAAAUCAACCAGCAGCACCAAUCGCCGGAGCAGAGCACACUAAAACCACUGACACCACGAAGACGAUAGCACCAACCUCAGAAAACCAACCUCUACCGCCGACCGGCGCUGCCGAGAUCACAAAGACGGUUGCACCGCCCUCAGAAACCCAGCCACCACCACCCAUCGCCACGGCAGUGCGGCUGCAAGAGCUUACUGAAACCGAGAUCCCGAAGACGGCAGCGCCGUCCCUGAGCGAUGGAACUGAAGAAAACACGGCUACCACCAACACAGCCACUGCAGUAAAGGAACCAUCUACCAUAUCCAAACCAACGGAAUAACCUAUAUAUUAGGUAUGCAGAAAACAUGUAUACAAUAGUUAGCAACAAAUGUCCAACUUAUUAAAUAUUUUUUCUGAAGUAAAUACUACUUCCUUUUACCUUUUUUGUGACACGUUUUUAAUCCUCCUACUCGCUUUGUCCUGUAAAAGGCGAACGGUUACUCCGGACUAUUACUGGACUAAAAUGAUUAUCCGUUCCCUAUUUAAUUAACUAGCGCAGUUUUCCUAGUUUAAAAAUCCAGUUAUCAAACUUUUUUUGCACUCCUCAAUUACAAUUAAUACUUUUUUUAAACUAACUGUUGUUUUUCAAAACAUGUUUAACAAAGUACAGCACUCCAAGAACGAAAUGACCCUAAGAAACAGGAGACCUUUUAAUGUCGUA